GGGCCAGCUACUCCAGCCAACAAACCCCUUACCUCCCCUUCCAGGCAAAGGCGCUGCCCUCUGACUCCUGGAACAAUCGAGUGUCGGCUUUCUUCUCAGUCCACGAGAGACCGCCACCUCCUGCGCCGGACAAAAGUGCGCAUGCGCAGAAAAAUACCGCCGGAAGCUUGGAGAGUACUGAUAAAACCAGCACGAGUGAUACUAACAAUAAUGAUAGUGUGAAAGGGGGAGGGGAUGGUGGUGGUGGUGGUGGUGAUGGUAAAGAUAAAGGUUCAAAUGUUGGAAAUAGUAAAACUUUAGAUAAGAAUGAUAAUGGAGGAAACAAAGAGGAAGUGAAUAAUAGAGGUGAAAUAAAGAAAGAGGGUGAAGAAAAAAAUGGCGGCGCAAACGCAGCUGGGAAUGGUGAUGAGAACGAAAACAAGAACCAAAAGAACAUUAAAGGGGAGACGAAACAAGAAAAUCCCGUGAAAGGUAAAGAAGGAGAGAGGAAGAAGGGAGGUGGUGAAGAAAGGAAGGAGGAGAAAGAGGAAGAAACAGUAAAGGAUGAGGAUGAUGAUGGUUCUGCAGAUCUGAUAGACCCCUCGUCGUCAUCUCCGGAGUCUGAGACGGAAGAUCCUGAUGCUGACCUCCCCUGGGUUCUGGAGCAGUACCAGGACGCGGACAAGGAAAGUCCAGGGCCUUUCACGGCGGUGAAUAUGACGGCUUACGUCAAGCAAAAGUUUCACCAUAGGCGACACGAUCUCCCUCCGGAUCGACCUCAAAGAUGGCUACGGACAUCACAAGACCAAGGGCGGGGACGUGGUUCGGGCCUGGCUCAAGGGAUUGGAUGAUUACAACCGGAUGAUGAUGGAAAUGCGGGACCACGGGAACGGGACGUACACAGCCACCGUGCGACUGAUGUGGGCGGCCAGAGUGGCCAGGGUAAAGGUAGCUCUAGCGUACCCCAGGGAAUACCUGAGGGCGUUGGUACAUCUGCAGUUGGUGAUGAAGUCUCUCAAGUUGUCUGCUGGGGCCUUCAACAACUCGGAGGUCCCCACGCAGCCUACGAAGGCUGGGCGUGCCACUACGCCGCGGGAGACAUGCUAGUGCCUCAGGUGGAAGACCUAGUGGCCAACAUUUACAAGGACGUCCAGGACCGCGUCUUUUACUUCAGCCCCAUGGACAUGACGACCGCCACGGAGAACAUGGAGUUUCACCCGGAUGUACAGUGGCAUAUAUACGCCGCCAUGAUGUCUAUUAUGUGUGGAAGAUGAUGAUUGGUCCGUUUUGUUUGUGAUGUGUCUGCUCAUUGGUUAGUUUAUAAAUACAUUGUGUACUGUUAUGUCGCAGCUAUGACGUAUAUUAAUUAUGUAUGGAAGAUGACGAUUGGUCCGUUUUGUUUGUGAUGUGUAUACUCAUUGGUUGAUGUAUAAAUAUCCUUAUGUCGCCGCCAUGACGUCUAGUAUGUGUGGAAGACGAUGAUUGGUCCGUUUUCUUAGUGAUGUGUAUACUCAUUGACUAAUUUAUAAAUUAUCACUAUGUCGCUGCCAUGCUUGAUGUCUAUUAGUUGUGGUAGACGAUGAUUGGUCUGUUUUCUUUGUGAUACGUCAGCUCAUUGGUUGAUUUAUAAAGUGUUGUCGCCGCCAUUGGGCUGAUUCUUUUGUGAUGAUGUUACUCAUUGGUUAAUUUAUGAAGUGUUGUCAUCGGUAGAACAAUAUUGCCCUUUAUGUGUGAUGCAUGUUGAUUGGUUCGUUUUUGUUUUUGAUGCGUCUACUCAUUGGCUGUUUUAUAAAGGAAUGUCGUUAUUAUGUUUGAUGUAAUUACGUUCGUCAUUGGUUAAUUUAUUAAAUGUCGUCGGUGACACAUUGUCUAUCAUCAUCAUGUGUGGUAGAUG